GCGAGGAGAGCUUUGGACCAGGAAGGUAUACCUGUACUCUAAAUUGCUUUCUCUGUCUCGUCUUCUUCUUCUUCUUCUCCCUUGUCGGGAGACGAACCCCUUCAAGUGCCCUCGACCCUCUCAGCUCGGCUCCCCUGUGGGAUCCCUCCUCCCUCCUCGGUCCCCUUCCGCCUUCUCACCGGACAAGCACGCCGGAAACAGGGAGCCCUGCCAUCGACCUGCCGAGGCUCCGAUUCGAGAUUCCCUGGCCUUUGGUUAUUCCUCUUCCAACCGAUCUGUUCCCCAUGGGGAACUUAGCUGCUUCGGUGGCCCGUGGAUGAGCGCCGGUAGCUACGGUAGAGUGAUCGUGGAAAUCGCCGAGGUUUGAAACAUGAAGGCGGCCGCCAGCGGAGCUCCGGCUCCCACCCCUUGCGAAGGGGAGAGGAAGACAAUAAACCCCGAGCUGUGGUACGCCUGCGCGGGACCGCUUGUAUCUCUGCCUCCGGUGGGGAGCCUCGUCGUCUACUUCCCUCAAGGGCACAGCGAGCAGGUUGCAGCUUCUAUGCAGAAGGAUAUUGAUGCUCAUGUUCCAAACUAUCCUAAUCUGCCCUCAAAGCUGAUAUGUCUUCUUCAUAAUGUUACAUUACAUGCUGAUCCAGAAACUGAUGAAGUUUAUGCACAAAUGACUCUUCAACCAGUCAACUCUUAUGAUAAGGAGGCAUUGCAGGCAUCAGAGCUUGCAUUAAAACAGACCAAACCGCCGACAGAUUUCUUUUGCAAAACGCUUACUGCAAGUGACACAAGCACUCAUGGAGGUUUCUCUGUGCCUCGACGUGCUGCAGAGAAAAUUUUCCCCCCUCUUGAUUUCUCAAUGCAGCCACCUGCUCAAGAAUUACAAGCAAAAGACUUGCAUGAUAAUCAGUGGACGUUCCGUCAUAUUUAUCGAGGUCAACCCAAAAGACACUUGCUCACCACGGGUUGGAGCUUAUUUGUGAGUGGGAAGAGGCUGUUUGCUGGUGAUUCUGUUUUAUUUAUUAGGGAUCAAAAGCAACAACUUCUUUUAGGCAUUAGGCGUGCUAACAGGCAACCUACUAACAUAUCUUCAUCAGUUCUUUCAACUGAUAGCAUGCACAUUGGCAUUCUUGCAGCGGCUGCCCAUGCUGCUGCAAACCACAGUCCAUUCACUGUAUUCUACAAUCCAAGGGCCAGUCCUUCAGAGUUUGUUGUUCCUUUUGCAAAAUACCAGAAGGCAGUAUACAGCAACCAAAUAUCCCUUGGUAUGCGCUUCCGUAUGAUGUUCGAAACUGAAGAAUUAGGAACAAGAAGGUACAUGGGCACAAUUACUGGUAUUAGUGAUUUGGAUCCUGUGAGAUGGAAAAACUCACAAUGGCGCAAUCUGCAGGUUGGGUGGGAUGAGUCUGCAGCUGGUGAGAGGCGAAACCGAGUCUCAAUAUGGGAAAUUGAGCCUGUUAUAGCACCAUUCUUCAUCUGUCCUCCUCCAUUUUUCAGAAAACGACCUAGGCAACCAGGAAUGCCAGAUGAUGAAUCAUCAGAAAUGGAAAAUCUUUUUAAGAGGGCAAUGCCUUGGCUUGGAGAGGAAAUCUGCAUACAGGAUUCUCAAACUCAGAGCACUGUAAUGCCAGGUUUAAGUUUGGCUCAGUGGAUGAGCAUGCAACAGAAUCCUUCAUUAGCUAACCAAACUUUACAGACUGAACAUUUGCGUUCUCUAUCUGGACCUAUGCAAAACCUUGGCGCAACUGAUCUUUCUAGGCAGUUGGGAUUGCAAGCUCAAAUGUUGCAGCAAAAUAGCAUACAGUUUCACCCUAGUAGAUUAUCUCAACCAGGCCAGCAAGUUGAUGAACUCGCUAAGGUCUCAAUUCCAGUGAGCCAAGUGGGUGCUGCUAGUAGAUCUCCACAGCAAUUGCAAGAUUUAUCAAUGCAUCAGAAGCAGCAGAUAGUCAACCAAGCAUUACCACUGAACCAGACUCAGAACAAUGUCAUACAGACACAACUACUGGUACAGUCUCAAGUGCAGCAGCAACAACAGCAACGACAGCAAGCGAUAAUUCGUAACAAUCAGCUAUUACAGGCCAGCCUGCCACAAAAUCAACAACAAAAUACUCAGAAAUUGCUCCACCAGCAGCAGCAGCAGCAACAACAACAGCAUCAGCUGCAGCAACAUCAGCAACAGCAACAACAGCAGCAAUUACUACUUCAGCAGCAAUACCAGCAGUCACAAGGCAUGAUGCCUGUUAAACUCCCCGGCCAUGUAAAUCAACAACUAUCCGACCAACAGAUUCAGUUGCAGUUGCUACAGAAGCUCCAACAGCAGCAGCAUCCACAUUUUUCACAGCCGAGAAUGCAAUCAGCUCAACUCCCCCAAAGUCAGGAGUACCAAAAAACUCUCCCAGAUGUAUCGCAGCAGUUAUCAAAUCUCAAUUCUCUAUUUCAGCAAUCAAUCAACUCUGAACAAUGUCCAAAAGUUGCUUCACAGUCUGUGAGGCUGCCACAGUCAUCCCAAGACCAGCCGCAGCAAAAAUCUCAGCAGCAGGAAGUUCUACUGGGUGAAUUACCUGCAGCUAUCCUUCCAGCUAACCAAGCCACAAAUAUUAUCCCGGCAGUUGGAAAUUCCUUGAUGGGUGCUGGUGGGGCACAAUCAGGGCUUACAGAUGAUGUCCCAUCAUGCUCCACAUCACCAUCAACAAACAAUGGAGCUAUUCCUCCCCAUUUAGCUCUAAAUAAACAUGAACAAUGCAAUCAAUUGUCAACAGAGAAGGCAUCUCAGACACUUGCUACAUUGCUUAAUCAAAACUCAGCUCCAGCAGCAAAUACAAAUAUGCCGAAGGAGCUUCCAAAAAUUGUUCAUAAUGUAAAGCCGUCAAUCCCAAUUUCCAAGGUGCAACAUCAGGGUGUUGUAGCACCUCAAACUUAUGUAGGCAACACAGCGCAAAUGGAUUACUUAGACACAACCUCCUCAGCAACUUCUGUAUGCUUAUCUCAGACUAAUGGAUCCUUAAAUCAAAUCUUCCCUCUCUCAAAUUUUAAUCAACCGCCAGUGCUCAGAGAUGCACCACCAGAGAGUGAUGUUCCUAAUACAGACCCCAGGAACAAUGUACUUUUUGGAGUUAACAUUGAUGGCACGUUGGGAAUACCUUUCACUUCUGAUGCUUUGAUGGUUAACAGCAUUGACUCUGAAAAGUAUCAGAAUCACAUCCCUAGCGAUAUAGUUGCCAGUUACAACACCACAAAAGAUGCUCAACAAGAGCUGUCAUCAUCAAUGGUUUCACAAUCAUUUGGAGUUCCAGAUGUGGCAUUUAAUUCAAUUGAUUCAACUAUUAGUGAAAAUGGGUUCUUAAACUCCUGGGCUCCACCACCGCCACCACAACUUCAACGCAAGCGCACGUACACCAAGGUCUAUAAGCGAGGAGCUGUUGGCAGAUCAAUAGAUAUCACACGUUAUUCAGGAUAUGAUGAGCUAAAACAUGAUCUUGCACGGAUGUUCAGCAUAGAGGGACAGCUUGAAGAUCGUCAGAGAAUCGGCUGGAAACUUGUUUAUGUAGAUCAUGAGAACGAUGUUCUACUUGUCGGGGAUGAUCCAUGGGAGGAGUUUGUGAAUUGUGUUCGGCACAUCAAAAUACUGUCUCCACAAGAAGUUCAACAAAUGAGCCUGGAUGUUGAUUUGGGAAACAACCUCCCAAAUCAAGCAUGCAGCAGUUCAGAUGGUGGAAAUGCCUGGAGGGGCCAAUGUGAUCAGAACUCAGGCAAUCCAUCUGCCGGGUCAUAUGAACAUUUUGAGCGACAGAUGGUCAUGCAGUGAACCUGUAAUCCAAAACCAUUUCCCUUUUCACAAUGAAAAUUGUCUGAGAAAAUUGUGAUGGAUGAUCUCAUACUACUGAAAUCCUUCCUAAGACAUUGGUUUGCAAGGCUGAUUCAUGAAAAGCACAGGUAGCCACAUGGACCACACCAUCCAUCCUUUUCUUCUUCUGAUGAAGACUAGAACUUGAAGUGGAGGCAAUUAUUAGGAUUCUAUCAGAAGCAUCAGUCUUCUGAUGAUUCAGGUAUGUUACGUAGUUAAAUGCCAGUCCCACUCAUAGAAUGGGGACAAGUUUCCAGAGUUUUCAAGUUUGUAAAUGUGUAGCAUCUCCUUAGAAAACUGGAGAAACGAGCUAAUUUUCUGUAUUGAUACUGCUUAUGUUUUCAAUCUAAUUGUAACUUAUUGUGCCCA